AUGCCUCUCUAUACCCUCUACUAUCCACCUGGCGCCUUCACUCAGUGGGAAAAGCCCGCAAUCGCAAAACGUAUCACGGACGUCCACUCUUCCGUCACUGGAGCCGGCGCAUUCUUCGUUAAGGUCAUCUUUGUCCCGGUUCCAGCGGGAGAUAUCUUUAGCGGUGGAAAACUGGACGACCAAUUGGUCAGGAUCACGGGCGUAAUUCGCGCGGGAAGGGACACGGAAGCGAGACAGAAGAUUCUUAGGGGAGUGUGGGAAGGGAUGCAGGAGUUCUUGGGUGAGAGGAAGUGUGAGAUGCAUCUGGAGGAGAUGUUGGGCGAGAAUGUCAUUGCGGAAAAUGGCAAGUUCAUGCCAGAAUCCGGGACCGACGAGGAGAAGAGGUGGAAUGGCAACGGUGGCCCUAUGUAG